UCUCGUCCUACACCUCCCAUUUUUUUAUAUUCAAAUUUAAAUCUUGAAAAAUAUUUUGAUUUCCGAAAACGAGCUGGCACAGGCAUUGGAAAAAAGCAAAUUCUAGACUCAUAUUUCCAAUACCGCAUUUCACAUCCUAAAGACCCUACACCCCCUUCUUCUUUCUUCUUCUUUGCAAAAUUUUAAAUCUGAUUUCUUAACUAGUAACACUCCUCCCUAACUAUCAACAACCUGAUACUAUAAACCCCCUAACAUGCACCCCUUGUUUCCUAGUUCCAUCACUCACAGUAACAUUUCCUUGAGUUCACGGUUUUCUCUUUGAUUGUUUUGAGUUGAGUUGAGUUGAUCCAUGGUGAUCAUCUGGUGUGGUGAUACUUGCUGGUUGGUGGGAGGAUGAAGAAGAGAGAUGCAGUAACCAAAAAUCAACAAAAAAAUUAAACCCAAAACAAAAGACAGAAGCCAAACGCAGGACGAACUGCGUUCUCUUUAGCUGCAGUGCGAAAUGCGGACAACCGCCCCCAAAACCAACCGCAGGUUGACCUGCGGUUACUAUCAGCCGCUGAUCCAGCUGCGGCACCACCAUAUCCGCACUUCCUAAUGCGGCAGGCGUUAGCCGCAGUUCCAUUUGCAAUUCCAGAAACACGAGCUGAGGAUAAAGGAAAUUAAAUGGUAAAAAUGGUGGAGACAAAUGAGGGAGGAGGACACCUGGUUAGGAGAAACAGAAGUACGGGAAGAAAUACAAGGGUUUCAGAUUUAAAAUUUUGUAAAGAAGAAAGAAGGGGGUGUAGUAGGGUCUUUAGGAUGUGAAAUGCGGCAGUGGAAAUAGGAGUUUAGAAUUUGCUUUUCCCAAUGCCUAUGCCAGCUUUUUUUUUUUUGAAAUCAAAAUAUUUUUCAAGACUGAAAUUUAAAAUAUAAAAGAAUGAGAGGUGUAGGACGAGAGUGGAGAGGUGGAAGGAGAACUGCUCUUUAGAUCUUGUCUAUUAUUUUAUUAGAUGUAUGAGAUCUGAAUUGGAUUUUAAAAGUCGAAUUCAUUAUCACUACCUUUGAAGAAAAUGUAGAAGUAUAUUAGUUUUGGAUAGCAGGAGACGAGAAUCGAAAGAAGUUAGUUGAUGAUGUGAAUUAAGCAAAAAUAAUUUGUAGCAAUAGACAAUGGUGAUGAGUUCAUUUUCUGCGAAAUGGUCAUCCCUAUGGUUGAACGCCACCAACUUGCAUCCAAUUCUAACCCUUCUGCUCACUCUCAUCACUUUGCUAUGGUUGCUACGGUGGUUAAGGAAUUCAACCAAUGAACCAUCUGCUUUGCCUCCAGGCCCUACAGGUCUUCCAUUUCUUGGCUACCUUCCCUUUCUAGGAACCCAUCCCCACCUCAAAUUUCACAAGCUGGCACAACUUUAUGGACCCAUCUACAAGCUCACGUUGGGAACUAAAACAGUGGUGGUGGUUAGUUCACCCUCUCUGGUGAAAGAGAUAGUGCGUGAUCAAGACACCAUAUUUGCCAACCGGGAGCCUCUAAUUGCUGCAUUGGUUUCCUUGUACGGUGGCACUGACAUAGCCUCUUUGCCUCACGGUCCACAGUGGAGGAAGGCUCGCAAGAUAUUGGUACGUGAGAUGCUCAGCAGCACCAACCUCACUAACUCUUUUCCUCAUAGGAGAGUGGAGGUUAAGAAAUCCAUCAGGGAUGUGUACCAAAACAAAAUAGGCUGCCCCAUAAACGUCGGCGACUUGGCUUUUCUAACAGCUACAAAUGCAAUAAUGAGUAUGAUUUGGGGCGAGACGUUGGAAGGAGAAGAAGGAGCUGCCAUUGGGGUUGAGUUUAGAGCCGUUGUGUCAGAACUUAUGGUGUUACUAGGGAAGCCAAAUGUUUCAGAUCUUUUCCCCGCUCUGGCCUUGUUAGAUUUACAAGGAAUUGAGAGAAGAACCAGAAAGGUCUCCCAAUGGAUUGAUAAGCUCUUUGAUUCUGCCAUUGAAAAGCGAAUGACUGUGACUGGGAAGGGAGAAAAUAACUCAAACAAAGAUUUCCUGCAGGUUCUCUUGGAGCUUACAAAGAGUGACAGUGAGACAACAUCAAUGACCAUGAAGGAGAUCAAAGCCAUCCUCAUAGAUAUAGUGGUGGGUGGAACCGAUACAACAUCAACAACAUUGGAAUGGGUGGUAGCGGAACUGAUGCAGCAUCCUGAGGCAAUGGAGAGAGUUCAUGAAGAGAUGGAUACUGUAAUAGGAUUGGAAAACGGUAUUGAAUUAGAAUCCCAGUUGUUCAAAUUAGAGUACUUAGAAGCUGUCAUAAAGGAAACACUUCGUUUGCAUCCUCCUCUUCCCUUUUUGGUACCUCGUUGCCCAAGUCAAACUAGCACUGUUGGUGGAUAUACCAUUCCGAAAGGUGCACAGGUAUUGUUGAACGUGUGGACUAUACAGAGAAACCCUGACAUUUGGGAAGAUGCAUUAGAAUUUCGACCAGAGAGAUUUCUGAGUGAUGAUGGCAAGUUGGAUUACUGGGGCAACAAAUUUGAGUAUCUUCCUUUUGGAUCUGGAAGAAGAAUCUGUGCAGGGCUACCUCUUGCCGAAAAGAUGAUAAUGUUUAUGCUAGCUUCCUUCUUGCAUUACUUUGAGUGGAGAUUACCCAGUGGAAAAGUGCUUGAAUUUUCAGGCAAAUUUGGCAUUGUAGUCAAGAAAAUGAAGCCACUAAUCGUUAUUCCAAAGCCUAGACUAUCUAAACCACAACUCUACAUGUAAUGUUAUCGAGGUUCAGUGUAUUAUUCUAUAGCAGUUAUCAUAAGAUUCGUUCGUUGGGUUCUGCUGCUGUACAAGAAAAUGAAUCUAGUUAUUUCAAAGCCUAUACUAUCUAAACCAGACAAAAUAAUGCUAUGCAUAAUACAUAAAAGAUUAAAUAACUUAGUUAAAUAUUUUAUUAUUAUUUAGAAUUGCAACUGAA